GCGCUCCCUGGACUAACUGAGCUGCCACUGACUUGCAGAGCAUCGCCUGAACAAUGUUUGGCUCUUCCAAGGAUGUCAUCGACUCUGUUGCUAACAAUUUAAAAUACUAUAUUGACAUACAACGAAAAGAAGAUGGCUUUGACCUCUCUGGAAUUGAUGCAUCUCAUAUGCACUUGCCUCAUCGUAAACCGCUUCCGAUAGUGGGUAUUGAAAAGAUCCAUGACCGAAGCCUUAAACAUUAUUUCAAUGAUCCUAAUAUUAAGACAACUCUUCAGAUGAGCUUUGGAAGAAUAAUUGAAAAACAAGAAAGAAAACUGCAAUUAGACUACAACAGGGAAAUGAGCGUGCAAAGAAUGAUCAGCAAAAGAAUGUCCAAACUUAAUUUUUCAAAUUUUGGACCCCAGAAUGCACUCAAUCUAGAAAAGCUGAAGACUGGCAAAAGGGAACGUAUUCACCACUUCCCUAAAGUUUCCCAUCAAAUUCCUGCCCCUCAUAUCUCAAGGAGUGAAGUACUUCGACUAAUUUCCUCAGCAUCUAAACUAAUUGUUGCUACUAAACUGGACAUUCUCAAGGGAAGUGGAAAAGAACCAAAGUGGACAGAAUAUGAAGUUACAAUUUGUACAGGAAACUGCCUUAGUUUAGGUUCAAAGGCAGACAUUUCUAUUAGCUUCUAUGGAGAAAAGGACAAGGUGAAAGAUAUAUUGUUGUUUAACUCAUUUACCAAUUCUAUUCCCUUCCAAAACAAUCAGACUGAUGUUUUCUUGGUGGAAACUCAGGAUUUUGGAAAACUUAAAUACAUCAAAGUCGGAUAUGAUGGGAACGAACCUGGUAAUGGAUGGUACUUAAAAGAUAUUAUUAUAAAGACCUGUUCAAAUGCAACUUCAGCAUAUGUAUUUCACUGUAACACGUUGUUCUCAUCGCAAGCCUAUGGUAAACGUUCUUUCCAGAAGUUCAUGCCUUACUUUGCGGCAGAUCUAAAAGAUGGUGAAAAUACUCAAAUAGACUGUGAGUCAUUAACACAGAAAGGGCAAAAUGGAAAAGGCAAACAAAGAAAUGAACUUAGCAGAGUUGUCCAUAAAGCUGCACUUGAACCACAAGGUAUUUCUUCGAGAUCAACGAAGAGACGGCCUCAUACGGCUAAUAAAAUCCCUGCAUCCUUCCAAAGCACUACAUUUUUGGCUGAUAAUUCAGAUCAAAUAUUUUCUCAUCAACGGCCAUCAUUCAGUAUGCAGACAACAUUAAGAUGUGAAUCCCCAAUUAAGUUGAUGGAAAAGUCAUCUUCUAGAGCUCAGCUAGAAUUUUGCUCACGAGAUGGUCAGAAUUCUUCUGCAGAGACCACAGAAAGACAUCCAGCAUCCAGUACUCCACUUAAAAAUAAAGACAUUUCCAAAGAAGUAAAUAGUAUAGAUAAUAGGAGUAAGAUCAAUGAUGAGAACACACAGAACUUUUCCUGCAUCAGUUCAGAUGAGACGAAAGUAACCAAGAGAAUUGACAAGCUCACCUCUACUGAGGACAUACCAUCCAAUUGUGCGAAAUUAUCUUUUAAUGAGGACAGUUAUUAUCGUGGGGAAAUAGAUCAGCUGCUUCCUGGUAGCUUCAUGGAAGAUGUAGUACAAUCAGACCUGCUUGGUAGCAAAUCAGAAAAAGAAUGGAGUACUAUAGACAACAGUCCAAAAUGCACAUUGGAGGUACCACAUUUUGUUGACAGUCCUUUGAAGAUGGCAAGUGACAUUGAGUGUAAACCAUUGAUGGCAGCAACACAAUGUCCACCUGAAAACGUUGUUGCUAUUGAUGAUAAUGAUAAGGAUGAAGUUAAUAAUAACUUUGCAAAUAUGACGUGUAACUCCACAAACUCUAUCCAGUCCAUUGAUAGAAAUAUUGAAUUUGUGGAAAAUGCAGGGACAAGCUUGUUGCAAGAAGAAAUUGUGACAGCAGAGAUAUCUAUGGGCCCGAUAUCAUCAGCAACAAACAAUCUUGAAAGCUUACAACAUGUACCAAGUUCUGAAAGUAACUCUGGAUGGGGCAUAGUAGAUCAUACUGAACCAUUAAAACAAGCUGAAGAAGAUCAAGUUAAAGAAUCAGUGAUAUCUGAGGUAUCAAAAACUGAUUGUUUGCCAAAAGAAGGAAAUUUAGCCACUGAACUGACUGACCAAAAUGAUACAUGUGAUACAAGGAAAACCAAAAUCACGGAUGAGAAGACUUCUUAUUAUGCCAAGCAAAACGAAGCAAAUAUAAACUGUAUUAAAAUGCAUAGUCUCAACCUCCGUGAUGUUUUUGAAAAUGCCAUCCAAACCAUUAAGAACGGAGAUCAUUACAAAUUAGAGAAUCUCUGUCAGUAUUAUAGUGGCCUGCCGAGCUUCACUGAUGAUGCUGGGAGAUCUCUCUUGCACAUAGCUGCUAUCUACGGGAAUGGUGAAACCUGUCAGGUCUUAUUACAAAAUUCUGAUGUGCAGAAACAAUUAAAUAGCCAAGACAAAGAAGGAAGAACAGCAUUGCAUUAUGGGAUUGUCCACAAUAACAAGAGGAUUAAGCGACUGCUUCUAAAUAAUGGUGCACUGUCUGAUAUUCCUGAUAAUAACUUAGAAACAGCUUUGGAUCUAGCUCUGAACAUGAUCAAUGUAGUAGAAAUUGACAGCAAUUAA